ACGACACCUAAGAUCUCUACGCAGCAUAUGCUGCCUUGCCUGCGCCUAUAGCUAGCGCUUGCAACAUGGCGAGUGAGGAGGAUGGCCCGAUUCAGCGGAAGGAGGAAGAGGAGGAAGAGGAGGAGGAAGAGGAGGAGGAGGAGGAUGAGAGAGCCUUGCUUCAGGACACCGUUAAGUUGUCUGUGCGGCAGGAGACGGCUCAGCUCAAGUCUGACCUAGGCCUCGAGAUCAAGCUCAUCAAGAGCCAUUUGGCCGAGCUGGGCGCAGAGAUCGCUGAGUUGAAGAGUGUGGAGAACGCCACUCCUACGCCAGGUGUGCCGGACGACAAAUUAGAGGAGCUGCAGCAGCAGCUGACGAACUACCGAAAGGAAAGCUCUCAUCGAGCAGCAAAGCAUAGGGCAUGGGGAGCCGACAUCGAAGUCAAACUGGCCGCUGCGGUGCAGUUCGCCAGAGAGGAGGCUCAGAGCGUUCUCAAGGCACUUACUGGCAAGCUGCAGCAGGAGCAGCAAGACCGACAAAACGAUGUUGUGCUUUUGAGGCGCUCGGUACAGGACCUGCUGGACAAGGAUGCUGAGGUUUCGUUGGCUGUUCUGCAAGGAGAGCAGAGAGAAGCAGACAUUCUCUCACUCAGAACUGAUCUUGACACGCUUUCGCUGAUGGUGCAAAACAUGUGCACGGAGAAGGCAGAAGUGAAAGCUUUCAGAUCGCCAGAAGAUUCAGGAGUUGCAGAUGAUGCAAUCAGUGACCUGAGUAUUUUCAGCGAAACGUGCGGGACCCCCUCUCCGGGACACUUGCAAGAGAUAUCCAGGCACAAAGAAUCCGAUCCUGAGGCAACCUACGUGAGGAAUGGUUCUGGGCGAAGCACCCCGGCCAGCUCCUGCCUUGUCAAGCGCAAGGUCCCUCGGGGCCGGCGUCAUCGCUGUUGGCGGACAUGCCCUCAGUGUGCCACGCAGUCCCGGGCCGUGAAGGUUCCCGCGCAGUCGCUGUCCAGCAGCUUCGACUUCGCGGACUCGUACCAGUCGCGCCAGUACCAGUCGUACCAACCGCGCUCCUCGGACGUGCAUGAGCUGGUGGCGAAGAUCGAGGCCGCGUGCUCGGCGUGAGCGCAUCGAACGCGAAGCUUGCGAGCAGGCGAAGCUGCUCGUUCCCCGUUUGUGUGCCACUUGAUACGGGCACCUGCUGACAUGUUUGCCGGUAUUGAACAAAUGUUUCUGUGUAUUUGUUGGUGCAUCAUGAAAACCGUGUGACAGCCUGCCAGCAGGGGAAACAUUCCCCUCCUGGCAGCUUGGCACAAACUCCAGGG